AAAGUAAACAUCAAAGGGUGUUACUUUCAUUACUGUCAAGCAGUAAUAAGAUAUGCCAGAAACAAGAGGAGCAACUUAUUUCAAUUAUUCAAAGCUGACAAUAAUGCUGCUCGUGUGCUCCGAAUGAUUUUAGCAUUACCAUACUUACCAGCUACACAAAUUGGUGAUGUUUUACCUUCAAUGGAGGAUGGUUUUAAUAGCAUUGUUGAGUAUGUAAACCAAUUCCCAUAUUUGGCAUUGCAAUUAAACCAAUUUAUGUUUAAUUACAUUUGGGGAUAUUGGUUUAUAACAAUGGGACCAGCAGCUGUAACAGUAUUCAACCAGGACAUUAGGACAAACAACUAUGUAGAAAGCUACCAUGCAUCGCUGCUGAGGCUGAUAAAGCCUCAUCCCAAAGUUUGGGAGUUUCUAAAAAAGGAGAGAAAAGUUAUACAUUGAUGAAGCUUGUAUAUUAUGUUGUUGUUUCUAAAUGUUGCACGAUAAAAUCCAUGUUUAACUCUAACCAAAGCUAUAUGUUUGUGUCUCAGGUAUUAUACACACAGAAUAGAUACAGGUAAGCACUAUAUAUGUAUGAUGUAUAUUAACCACUAACACUUAAGUAUCAGUGCUGAGAAAAUUUUAGAAGUGAUCAAUAAAGAAUAAAACU